AUGAAGACUCCUGUGGAAGGCAGACUUUACCUAGCAACAGGCUCCAGGAUAUGUGCAAAAGCCAAAGUAAAGACAGAAGCUGGCACGGAGUAUGCUGCCAAUUCUGGUGGGUGGGCUUUGGAGUCUAGCAGCAGCUCCGCUUCCUCAGGUGUCUCGGCCCGUUGGCUGUCCUCUAUCCGCUGCUUCCGCUGCCGUGAGGUCUGCAAGGGGGAGGUGGUGCGUGUGCAGAGCAGCCACUUCCAUAUUAAAUGCUUCACCUGCCAAGUGUGUGGCUGCGACCUGGCCCAUUCUGGAUUCUUCCAGAAGAACGGCGAGUUCAUCUGUACGGAGGACUACCAGCGUCUCUAUGGGACCAAGUGUGAUAGCUGUGGGAACUUCAUCACAGGAGAGGUGGUGUCCGCGCUGGAUCGCUCCUAUCACCCAGAAUGCUUUGUCUGCAGCAUGUGCAGGAGGCCGUUCCCGAUUGGAGACAGGGUGGUUUUCUGUGGAAAGAAAUGUGUGUGUCAACAGUGUUCACACACCCUGGUCAACACCAAUGAACCCGUGAAGAUCCACGGACCCAGCUAUUGUGCAGGCUGUAAGGAGGAGAUAAGGCACGGACAGUCCCUGCUGGCCCUUGAGAAACAGUGGCAUGUCAGCUGCUUCAAAUGCCAUACCUGUGGAACCAUACUGACGGGAGAAUACAUCAGCAAGGAUGGGAUUCCAUACUGCGAGACGGACUACCACAAUCAGUUUGGGAUCAGAUGUGAGUCCUGCCACAGAUACAUCAGUGGGCGAGUGCUAGAGGCGGGUGGAAAGCACUACCACCCCACCUGUGCCCGUUGUGCUCACUGUCAUAUGAUGUUUACUGAAGGAGAGGAGAUGUAUCUCACAGGAUCAGAGGUGUGGCACCCUGUAUGUAAGCAGUCAGCACGGAUGGAGAAAAAGCUCAGAGUCAGACGCAUCUCAGAGACCUCCAUCUCCCCUCCAGGCUCCAGCAUCGGCUCCCCAAACCGUGUCAUUUGUGCCAAAGUGGAAAGCGAGAUCCUAAAUUAUAAAGAUCUGGCUGCUCUUCCAAAGAAUAAAACCAUUUAUGAUGUGCAGAGGCCAGAUCUGAUUCCUUAUGAACCCUAUCACAAGUUCUGCUCUGAUGACAGGCUAGAUCGCUACGGCUACGGGGAGUCUCUGGAAACUCUGUCUCCAUAUUCUCAGGAUAUCUACGACACCAUGGACUUCAGGCACCAACGUUCUUCCAGUCCUGGCUCCAUUGACUCGCCCAGUUAUGGCCGACAGGGCAUGUCCCCAACUGUCCCACAUUCCCCUCAGCUCUACUACCACUCCGGCACUGAGAGUGGCAGGAGUUCUCCCUAUUACAGUCAGCUUGACACCAAGUCCAACUGGUCCCACACCUGCCAAGCACCUAAGCAUUUUCACGUGCCAGCCACAUGGGAACCUAACAUCUAUCGGAAAGCCCCCAUCUAUAAGAGACAUGACGAUUAUGAAUAUGAAGCAAUGAAGAGCAAAGCUAGUGAGGUCAUUCUCCAGGCCUCCCAUUUCUCCUCGUACUCCUCUGAUCAUUACCAACACUCUGAGUCUGACUACUACCAUUAUACCAGCUCCCCUAAAGUUCCUCGGGCGCGGAGGUUCUCCUCAGGUGGAGAAGAGGAUGGAUGGAACCAGAACUUUAACAGAAGUGGGAUUGGUAGGAUGAUUCUGAAGGAGGAGUUGAAAGCUAGAUCUGGUUCCUAUGACAACCAUCCUUGGGCGAGCCCCCGUACCUCCCGCCGCAGCAGCAAAGAAGCCCUUCACAACUUGAGUUACAGCAACACCAUAAACGGCUCUCCCAAAUCACACUACAGUGCAGACAGUGAUUCUCUCAUCUCCAGGUCGGCCUCUUUACCGGGUUACAGCAAGACCAGGCUGAACAGGCCUCAGAGUGCAGAUUAUUUCCAGUAUGACAGAACCAAUGCAGUGAACUGCGGAUACAGAGAGUACAAGAUAUACCCAUAUGAAGCACUCGUAAUCUCCAUUAGAGGGUGCAACCAACUGCCAAAUGACGUUGAUAGGGCAAGACUGGAGAGACACUUAUCUCCUGAGGAGUUCUACCAGGUUUUUGGGAUGACGAUGGCGGAGUUUGACCAGCUGGCACUGUGGAAGAGAAACGAGCUGAAGAAGCAAGUUAGGUUGUUCUAA